GCCAUCCGGUAAGAUGGUCUCCGCGCUUUGUCUCCGCUGACUGGAGUUGCUACGUUUAUUCGGGGACUUCUGUCGCUUUUCCUGGGCCAAACAUCGCCAGCCAAGCUCCUUCUGACCUGUCCGCGCCGAGAGCAAACGCGUCUUUGUGUAUCGGGAAAUGACGACCGCGAACAGCAGGUAAAAUGAGUCUACUUAUUCCUGAAUCCAGUGAAGACCAAAUGGAAGAAAAUACAGAGGAGCCUUGUAGCUCAGCAGAAACAACACUCUCCUCAGCUCGUAGCAAGAGGAAGCCCACUACAGCAGCUAAGGUUACUGGACAGAAUGACUCUGGCAAUUCCGAUGACAGUGACAAUGAAGCGGCUACCUCUGACAGUAAUGCAGGCAGCACAUCCAAAAGUACUUUAGUGUUACGGCCUGCAGGAAGUGAAAAUAAAGGUACCGUGAAGUUCAGAGUGGAUUACAAACAGAAAACUUCAGAUGACACCCUGCAAAGGAAGAUCAACUGCACAGCCUGUGGAAAACAAGUUAACCAGUUUCAGCGCAGCUCUGUGUAUGAGCACCCUGCUCUUAAAGUGCUUAUUUGCAAGUCAUGCUAUAAUUAUUACACAAGUGAUGACAUCAGUAGAGACUCUGAUGGAAUGGACGAGCAGUGCAGGUGGUGUGCUGAGGGAGGAAAGCUCAUCUGCUGUGACUACUGCAACAAUGCCUUCUGCAAGAAGUGCAUCCUGCGUAACCUGGGCAGAAGAGAGUUAUCAGCCAUCACUGACGAGAACUCCAAGUGGCACUGCUAUGUGUGCAGGUCAGAACCACUCCAGGAUCUGAUCUCAAAGUGUAACGGCAUCAUGGCAAAGGUUGACCACGAAAAAAACAAGCAGCGUAAAUCUGGCAAAGGCGAGGAACGAAAGAGCAAGACCUAUAAUAGCAGUGAAGUCAAAGCGCACAAAGCCGUUGUGAAUGGGAAAGAACACACGGAUGGCUCAGGCACCAUAACAUUCUCUUACAAAAAAUUACCGAUAUCCAAAGAACUCUUAAAGAAAGCAAAAAAGCUGGUCGAAACCACAACUGGUUUGAACAAUACAUUCAUCCAGUUUGUGCAGCAGGCUACCUCGGAGCAGGAUGACAAGUCUGUCAGGUACAGGCAUUUGAAAGCAUUCAAGGCGGUGCUUGCUGAUUUGAAAAAAGCCCACACUGCUUUGGAGGAGGCUUUGGAGCCGGAGUUCAGAAGCAUGAAACUACAGAAUGGUGACAAACGGCAACAGCAAGUCAGAAAAAGCAUGAAUACGGUGCAAGCUGCUGUGGUUGAUGAGGACAAUGAGGUGGAGGAGGCAGAUUCAGCGGAGGAGGCAGAUGCAACUGAGGAGUCAGACUCACUGCAAAAUCUGCUUGAGGAUCAUGAUGAGCAGCCGGUGGUGCAGUACAAAAAACGUCAGGAAGCACAUCCCAACCAGCAUGAUGCAAAGCAGCUAGUUGAGCCGGAGGAGGAGGAACCGAAGACUUUGUGCAACAAGCUGGAACGUGUGCCGGACAAGGAACUGGAAAAAGAACUGCAUGAGGAACCAGUUGGUAAAGACAGUAAAACAGAAGAGCUAACCAAAAAUAUAGUUAAAACAGAAGUGUCUGAUGAUGAGCUGCUGUCACCUGGUGAAAUAUCACUUGAUCGUGACAUUAUGUCUGUUCCUCCUUCAGUUCCCGAGGAGCUUUUUCAGAUGGUGGAAAGUCUCGCAGGUCCCCACAUGCUGGCACAGACUGAUCCGGCUUCAGACGCAAAAGCAAAUGGCCGCCCCCCACAGAAAGUGAAGAACCUCAUUGUUAAACUGACUCCGGUGCCGGUGGUGACAACAAGCAGGUCAAAGUCCUCCAGGUCCAAAAACAAAGAACGAGACGAGGAAAAUGGUGGUUCUGAUACAAGAGAUGAACCAGCCACCCCACCACCCAGUCGACGCUCCAGUAGAGUGAAGACCACUCCCCUGAGGAAGCAAGCUGAUACUAAGAAUCUCAAGGACUACUCUGAAUUAGAGCAGGACUCAGAGAAUGAAAGUAGUGGCAAGUCCCAGUCCUCCAAGAAAGAAGAUAAGCACAGUAAUGCUUCCUUGUCGGAGAAAGAGGCAGGAGACUCUGACUCGGAUGAGGUUCCUGACAUAUUGCUGGAAAAGGUGGCAGAAUGCAACAGUAGCGAUGAGGAGAAAGAAAGCCUGAUUCCCAAAAAACGUUUAUUUAAAGGAAAACCCUCGGCUGACGCAGACAAAACAUCCAAACGCAAAAGGAAGUCUGAGGGUUCUGAAUCAGACAUUGAAAGUAAAGGCAAGAAGGCAUUGAAGAAGAAAAAACAAAAUGUCUCUGACUCUACCGAUUCUGAUCAAGACAAAACGAGCACGGCAAAGAGGCGGUCGAGCCGCAUAACAAAACAAGGUAAAGCAAAGGAGGAAGGCAAACCCGAAAAGAUGGCUGCAGCUGUGAAAAGAUCUUAUGAGAAGAAGCGCAAAGGAAGAAGCUCAAAAUUAGCCUCAAAGCUGGAGUCAUCCUCCAGUGAGGAUGAGGAAGAACAACAGGCUGAUGGCGACUCUGGAGAGGACAGUGACCAGCAGAUGUUCAACCCCUUGGUGGAAGAUGGUGUGCAGGGAGGAGAUGAAAUAACUGUCAAGGAAGCCACUCAAAUGGGUGACGACGACGAUGACCCCGAGAAUAGAAUCGCAAAGAAAAUGCUGCUCGCCCAGAUUAAGUCCAACUUUUCCUCCGGGGCUGAGAGCUCCUCUGAAAAUGAAGGUGAAGACGUGAAAGAGAAGUCCUCCAAAAAAGUUAAAAAAGAGGAAGAUGACAAAAAGGAGCAGCAAGAUACAAAUUCAGAAGACUCUGGUUCUGAUGUAGAGGUGAAGAAGCGUGGUCGACGUCACAAGUUGCUUCGUCACAAGCUAUCGCUCAGUGAGGCAGAGUCAGACGAUGAAAAAGAAGACAAUGCAGAAAAGACCAAAAAGGCGGCCAAGAAGAAGGAAAAGAAGAAAGUGGACAGCGACGAUUCUGCGGAUUCUGACUUCAAGAAGUCAGCAUCCAGUGCGGAGUCUGUGAUGAGCGAAGAGCUCAGUGAGUCGGAAAAUGAUGGAAAGCGUCGAAAGACCAGAUCUGCGAAGAAGAAGGAUGAUGAGAAGCAGAAAAGUCACAAGCAGCAGAAGAAGAAGAGACGUAGGAUCAAAGUACAGGAUUCCUCCAGCAAUGAGAAGAGUGGAGAGGAAGAUGGCGACGACCCAGAUGGAGAGGAACGUAAAGGGCGCAAAAAGAUCCGCAAAAUCCUCAAGGAUGACAGUCUCCGGACAGAGACGCGGGAUGCACUAAAAGAAGAGGAAGAUAGGAGGAAACGUAUAGCAGAAAGAGAGGAGCUAAGGCAGAAACUCAGAGAGACAAUUGUGGUGAAAGAGUCUUCCCAGGUGACAUGUCCCAUCACCACCAAGCUAGUGCUUGAUGAAAAUGAAGAGACCAAGGAGCCACAGGUUCAAGUGCACAGGAACCUCGUCACGAAGCUUAAACCUCACCAGGUCGAUGGGGUGCAAUUCAUGUGGGACUGUUGCUGUGAGUCUGUGAAGAAGAUUGAGAAGUCCUCUGGUUCUGGUUGCAUCCUUGCCCACUGUAUGGGUCUAGGAAAAACACUUCAGGUGGUGGCAUUUCUUCAUACUUUGCUCCUUUGUGAAAAGCUCAACUUCUCAACAGCACUGGUGGUUUGUCCCCUCAACACCGUCCUUAAUUGGGUCAAUGAGUUUGAGAAAUGGCAAGCGGGAAUGAAAGAUGAUGAGUGUUUAGAGGUGACGGAGCUGGUCACAGUAAAGAGGCCGCAGGAGCGAGCAGUCGCCCUCCAGCAAUGGCAUGAUAUGGGGGGUGUGAUGAUCAUUGGCUAUGAGAUGUACCGAAAUCUGACACAGGGAAGGAACACCAAGAGUAAGAAGCUGAAAGAAACAUUUCAGAAGACUUUGGUAGACCCAGGUCCCGACAUGGUAAUAUGUGAUGAAGGUCACAUCUUGAAGAAUGAAGCAUCAGCUGUGUCCAAAGCCAUGAAUUCCAUCAGGACAAGGAGGAGGGUUGUGCUGACUGGAACACCUCUUCAAAAUAACCUCAUUGAAUACCACUGCAUGGUAAACUUCAUUAAGGAGAACUUGCUCGGGUCGGUUAAAGAGUUCCGCAAUCGCUUCAUCAACCCCAUCCAGAACGGGCAGUGUGCCGACUCCACAAUGCACGAUGUCCGCAUCAUGAAGAAGAGGGCUCACAUCUUGUAUGAGAUGUUGGCUGGAUGUGUUCAGAGGAAAGAUUACACAGCACUCACAAAGUUCCUCCCUCCCAAGCACGAGUAUGUGUUGUCCAUCAGAGUUACUCCACUCCAGUGUCAACUCUACAGAUACUACCUGGAGCACUUCACUGGUGUGGGGAAUGCUAUGGAGGGGGGCCGAGGCCGUGCAGGGACCAAACUCUUCCAGGAUUUCCAGAUGCUCAGCAGAAUCUGGACCCAUCCCUGGUGCCUUCAGCUGGAUUACAUCAGUAAAGAAAACAGGGGUUUCUUUGACGAAGACAGUAUGGAGGAAUUCAUUGCUUCAGAGACUGACGAGUCCUCCAUGAGUCUGAGCUCAGAGGACGAAAAGCAAAAAAAGAAAAAGAAGAAAGGCAAGGGAAGAAAGAAGGGAUCUGAUGACUCUGAUAGCGAUGAUGUGGAAGUCAUCAAGGAGUGGAACACUAGUUCUCGUGGCAGAAAUGGAGAGGGGCGAAACAGGGCUGAGCCUGUAGAAGAGCAAGCUCAACCCUCUGGCUCGGCACCAGGGAGCCCCACCGCUGACUGGCACAAGGAGUUUGUCACUGAGCCCGAUGCUGAAAUCAUAGAACACUCCGGAAAAAUUCUGAUCCUCUUUGAGAUCCUGCGCAUGGCAGAGGAAGUGGAAGAUAAAGUGUUGGUGUUCAGUCAGUCUCUUAUCUCUUUGGACCUGAUUGAGGAUUUCCUGGAGCUGUCUUGCAGAGCUGCAGAUGAAAACAAGAUCUCACCAUACAAAGGUGAGGGGAAGUGGUUCAGGAACAUUGACUACUAUCGUCUGGAUGGCUCCACCAACGCCACCACCAGGAAGAAGUGGGCAGAGGAGUUUAACGACCCUAACAACACAAGGGGUCGUUUGUUCCUCAUUUCCACACGAGCUGGCUCCCUUGGCAUCAACCUGGUGGCGUCCAACAGAGUCAUUAUCUUUGACGCCUCCUGGAAUCCUUCGUAUGAUAUCCAGAGUAUAUUCAGGGUGUAUCGCUUCGGCCAGCUGAAGACGGUCUAUGUCUACAGGUUCCUGGCGCAGGGCACAAUGGAAGAAAAAAUCUAUGACCGGCAGGUUACCAAACAGUCUUUGUCAUACCGGGUGGUGGACCAGCAGCAGAUUGAAAGGCACUUUACUAUGAACGAGCUGGCAGAACUCUACACUUUUGAGCCUGAUAUGCUAGACGAUCCCUCAGAGAAAAAGAGCAAGAAAGCCACACCGCUGCUCCCCAAGAGAAGUGGGGGCGGCGGCAGUGACACAUGGAGAUCUGACCCAUGCUGUCUCCCGGUGGCGGCCGCCGCGAGCCAGGACGCUGGCUUCUCAAAGCGGAGGUCCAUGGUAACCGAUCCCGACCCGUGGGUCUACGUUUGCUGGGACAGAGACUGGCAUGAACAGCAAGGCGCCUCUAUCUCGCCCUGUUGAUUGUGAAGUGACGCUCUGACGUAGUAGUAUUACGCCGUAGCAAGUUGCAAUUCUAACACACACCUCUCAACGCUGUGGUCAUACAGGUCUGUCAGCCAGUCAGUGUAUUUCUUUAGAUUUACACACAUGGUCGCAUGGGUUAAAUACUUGGGGUGUUCUGGUCUGAUCUUUGAGAUCAUAAAUCGGUCCGAUGUCAGCAAAAAAAGCGAGUAUCGGACUGGAUGUAAAAUCUCAGAUUCUACCACUCAUACAAGCAGUCUAUUCAAUGCUUUGCUCCAGCACUUCUAUCCAGCAGCGCCCGGAUGGCAUGCAGAGCCCACAUGAUCACAACAGGUUGCUAAGGUGCUGACAUUGUAGCAAAAAGUGAGAAUCAAUGUUGCUUGCUUCAAGUCGGUUAUUGACACUCCAGUUAAAGUUCACUGUAAAACUAAACACACAUAACAAAAGAUUAACACCAAUUGAAUGUUCAAAUACAUCAGAAUUUUUCUUUUUGUUCACAAAAAUUGAUAGCUGAAAGAAUGAAUCAAUUAGUGAAUGAAAAACACCAUUGAUGGGCUAACAAAAAUUAGCAUUGAACUUGCGGCACUUGUAUCUCUCAAAGUAUUGAAUAUUGGUACACAAACGCUGUAUAAACAUACUAACCGGCAAUGUAACAAUACUCUGGUAUAUAUUCUUCAAACUCUGUGAAAAACGAGUUAUUAACAAUAUUUUAUUGUGACUUCUCCUUUCUUUGUUACUUCAAGUGUGUAUCUCAUUGCAAGUACUACACUGCCCCUCAGAGGUCAAGAUGUGUACAGCAGGAUCAGCGAUCCCAAAAAUGAAGUUCAACUGUAUUGCCACACGUGUAGAAAGCAAAUGCUGUUCCCACCAUGUACUACCAUUAAAAAAAAAAAACAAAAAAAAAACAACAACUUUAUUUUGCGCUUUAAAAGUACAAUUUGUAUUAUUUAUUUAAGUUAUUUUUUAUGGUUUUUCGGUGGCAUGGUGGGCGACUGGUUAGCACAUCCACCUCACAGUUCUGAGGACCCGGGUUCAAAUCCAGCCUCGCCUGUGUGCAGUUUGCAUGUUCUCCCCGUGCCUGUGUGGGUUUUCAUCAGGUACUCCGGUUUCCUCCCACAUCCCAAAAACAUGCAUGGUAGGUUAAUUGAAGAGUGUAAAUUGCCCGUAGGUGCGAAUGUGAGUGCGAAUGGUUGUUUGUUUAAAUAUGCCCUUCGAUUGGCUCGCAAACCAGUUCAGGUGUACCCAGCCUCCUGCCUGCAGUUAGCUGGGAUAGGCUCCAGCAUACCUGUGACCCUAGUGAGGGUCGUAGGAAUGUAGAGAAUGGAUGGAUGGAUGGUUUUCUAAUUCAUUUAUCAUUUAAUCUAUUCAAAUGUAGAAUAUGCUUAUGUUUAAGUUGAGCAGUGGUUAUGUUGCAAUUUAAAUAUAUAUUUUUGGUAUUGGUUUUAUUGGUUAUUUUUUCAGGAUUUUCUUACAUAAUUUUUAUUCAAUUGUAGUACACGUUCUUAUUUUUAAAGUUUAUGUAGCCUGUUGGUUGAAGAUGUCAAGGUUCACUCUAGGAGUGACCAGGUUGGAUAAAAUUAGAAAUGAGCUCAUUAGAGGAUAGAUGUUUCGGAGACAAAGUUGGAGAGAGCAGACUUCGAUGGUUUAGACAUGUCCAGAGGGGGGAGAGUGAGUAUAUUGGUAAAAGGACGAUGAGGAUGGAGCUGCCAGGCAAGACAGUGAGAGGAAGACCAAAGAGAAGGUUGAUGGAUGUCGUGAGGGAAGACAUGAGGGUAGUUGGUGUUAGAGAGGAGGAUGCAGGAGAUAGGCUUACAUGGAAAAGGAUGACAUGAUGUGGCGACCCCUAAUGGGACGAGCCGAAAGGAAAAGAUGAUGUAGCCCAUUGGUUAAAAAUAAAUGGGUCAGUUUUUCCUCAUACCUACUGUUGCUGAUUAUUGUUUUCUGUUUGAGUAAUAUCACGUGAUCAAGCCUUUUCUACAUUCCUUACGACAAAAUAUGUGAAGUAUGUGUGAUUAUUGCUGGAUUAUUUAUGGAUCGGACCGGUAUUGGCCAAAACUCGAAGCUGCAGUAUCGGUAUCAGAUCAGCCAUGAAAAUGUUGGAUAGAGACAUCCCUCCUAAAUACACCCAGUACAGUACAGAAUUAUUGUAAUUAAAUAUAAAAAAGCUUUAAAAAUAUUGUAAAAGUUUUUGUUUAUCCAAACUUACCUCGCUAGUGCAUGAGAGGGGUGAUUUUGACUUCCAACUGGACACUAUUGUCUGUCCGUUAAAUUGAGGUUCCACUGUAUUUGCCUUUCUAGUGACCAGUCCAGACAAAUGACAAAUGGGACACCAUAGAUCAUUUUAUACUCGAGACUAUGUGAGUACCGGGAUUCACAUAUCAUUGAAACAAUGAGUCGCAGCCCUGGAACAAUGAGUCCCUGAAACUUAUCAUCACGGAAUACAGAUGCAGUAAUCCUCCGCUACAUUGCGGUUCCUGCGUCACAGUUCUGCUAUAUUGCAGCUUUUUAUUACAGUUGUUACUCUUUAAUCUUUUAUACUGUUUGUGCAAUAUUGUGGUGUUAUCUAUUGCUCUUGUUCUCUAUCACUAUAUUGUGCUUAAGCCUGCCACGAUAGCAAUUUUUUUUAGAACAAUAUAUUUUCCCAAAAACCUUCAAGAUAAACAAUAGUAUCGAGGUUUGUUUUUUUUAUACCACUAAUAUAAUGAUAUUAGUGCAUAAUAAAGACUUGUACCCACAUUACAAAUUCUGCCUUGGUAAUCAAACAUUUGAGCACAACUGUGUUUUUCUCAUUUACUAAAUAAAGGUAGGGCUGCAUUUCACAUUAAGAGCAAGUAAAUCAGAGUUAUACGUGUUCAAAUAAAGUGCUGA